AUGGAGGGACUGGUCCUGCUCAACGCCCUGGCCACCCGGCUGCUGUUCGUGCUGCACUCUCUGAUUGGGAUCUGGCGAGUGACCGAGGUGAAGAAGGAACCGCGGUACUGGCUGCUCGCGCUGCUCAACCUCUUGCUCUUUCUGGAGACUGGGCUCACCCUCAAGUUCAAGCGCGGGAGAGGCUACAAAUGGUUUUCACCAGCCAUAUUUUUAUAUCUGAUUAGCAUUGUUCCAUCAUUAUGGCUUCUUGAAAUGCACGAUGAGACCCAGUACUGCAGUAGACAUUCUGAAGGAAUGUCACAAAAUACCAGCAGCAAAGGAAACUUCAAUCAAACUCUGAUAUCAAGUGGACAAGCCAAUGGAGCAGAGGAUCUCAUUAAGACGGCCAAAGUUUUUGUAAGUAACUUAUCUACAGUAUGUGAGAAAGUUUGGACUUUGGGACUCCAUCAGACAUUCCUGUUAAUGCUCAUAAUUGGAAGAUGGCUUCUACCCAUUGGAGGAGGGAUCACUCGGGACCAACUCUCUCAACUUCUCCUUAUGUUUGUGGGGACAGCUGCUGACAUACUGGAAUUCACAAGUGAGACCCUGGAAGAACAAAAUGUGAGGAAUAGUCCUGCCCUAGUCUAUGCCAUCCUUGUUAUAUGGACCUGGAGCAUGCUGCAAUUUCCACUUGACCUGGCAGUACAGCAUGUCGUCUGCCCCUUGUCGGUGGCAAUGAGGGGGUUCCCCAGCUUCUUCUUUUGCCAAUACAGCGCAGAUCUGUGGAACAUUGGAAUCAGCAUCUUCAUACAAGACGGCCCCUUCCUCGUCGUGCGUCUCAUAUUGAUGACUUACUUCAAAGUGAUAAACCAGAUGCUGGUGUUCUUUGCUGCCAAGAAUUUCCUUGUGGUGGUGUUACAACUCUACCGCCUGGUAGUGUUGGCGAUGGAUGUACGUACUUCCUUGCUACGUCAGCCGGGAAGCCUGAAAGCAAAGCACCUCUGCCCGUGUGAACGCAUCGCCAGUGGGCUCUCAACAGGAGAUCCGGGGAGCGGCUCUAAGGGGGACUUGGGGGUACCCUUGCAGGCCUUGCCAGUCACCCCCGAGGACUCUCAAUCCACCCCGUAGCUCCUUACUGACUGCGGCCGGCAGCUAGAACGUUUGACUUUCUGGUCCUUCUUACAGACAGAAUCUCCUCUCUCUCCCUCUUUUUUUAACUUUGGCAUAUAAUAAUUUUCCAAAGAACAACAUAAAAAGUGAUCUUAAACCAAAGCUGAGGAAUUUUCUUUUUUUCAACUGAAUGGAAAGAACUUUGAUUAGUGGCUAUCGCUACAACAUCUGCGCGAUUGUAUCAGAUGUUAUAGUUGUUCAACGACGAAGUGAUUUGUUUGUCUUGAACUGUUUGAAGAGCUAUGGACAGGGUUACAGUGACAUGCCCUCAAAAGAUU